AUGGCAGGACUACGAACACCGACGAUAGAAAUGCCGCUUAUGGACGACGUGCAGGCCAGACUCCUGGAUGUCCUGGACCGGGGCGGCUCCUUAUAUGAGCUGUCGCUGUUGCUUCCAGAGGUCAGCAAGGCACUCGCGGUCGCCGGCAUGCCGGCAAUUCCGCACGCGACAGUGGCCCAGCUCAGCAACGACCAUCUCAGACAGCACGAGUCGCUAGAAGUGCUGCAGGUCGCGCCACGGAAGCUUCUCGUGUCCAUGAUACGGGGCACCGUGGCAUACGACUGCGCCCAGGACCCUUCCGAGGAGUACGGUUCACAGACCGACGAACCAGGCGUGUACGUGAUAGCGGUGGGCAUCCACGGCCGUGGGGGAAAGUUCCUCAACUGGGACGAGCUCGGGUUCGUGGCUACCGUGAUCGACGAGUAUGCCGACGCGUUUGAGAUUCGCGAGAGGCGGGGCGUGCUUACCUUGGAUGAAGAGGAGAAGCUGCAGCAGGCGGACAGAAUCGAUGCGGCAUACGGCCUGGCACCGGGCAAAGCGGGGAUGCGAUUCAUUGAGAGCGCUUCCAUCGUUGGCAAGGCAAGAGAGUUGGCCAAUGGCAUCCGUCGCCGCAUCAUCCAGCCAUACCCGGGCCCGGCGGCCGGCGAGGUCCACCAGACGCAGAGUCCACAGUACAUCGGCUGUUCGACCAAGCUGUCCGGGAGACUGAAGGACUAUGACGUCGCGACGGGUCUGAAGCUGGUUAACAGGCCGUUGGCAUUAUUGGUACAUGUGCUCAAGUCCCUUGGCCACGAGCCGUUCCUCACGCGACGGGUUGUUGUCAAGGUCUACAGGGCCUCGCAGCUCCAGGUUGCCGAGCGUCUCUUCAUUGCGCUCGCGCGCUCAUACCUGUGGCAGGAUGGCCUCAACGUCGCAGAGGGAGGCAGCAGAGCCGGUAUCAAUGGACCGCGACUGGCAGACUCUAAGGACAGCGUCUGGGUCCGAUCGAGCAUCAUGCGCACGAAUCUCGACCUUUCGAUGGAAGACGUCGCCGAGAGGCAAGAGUAUCUGCACAACAUCGUCGCCAUCGAUGACCUGCAGGUUAGAAUCAAUUCCAAGAUUCGGCAGAUUAAUCAGAACCUGGCCAGUCUCGAUGAGGCGGUCGAGUUCCAGGAACGAAACAUCCGGCCGGCCAUGGAGGCCAAGGCCGAAGCCCUCCGGCAACAACUCGACAAAGCCGUGGCACAGCGCGUCCUGUGGAAAGAGCUCGAUGAGCUCGCCUCGCUCAUGAGCAAGUGCAUGAGCUCGCCCCGGAGUGAGGUGCCUCCAAUAAGCACGGUUGUCUGA